GAGCCAUGAGGAAGAGUUCAUGCAUAAAGUUCUGGCGGAACCUGAAGCAGACCAGUCACCGCCGAGGUUUGAAGGGUGCAACAAGGCCUUCUCUCGGCUAGAGAACCUGAAGAUUCACCUGCGGAGCCACACCGGGGAGAAGCCCUACCUGUGCCAGCAUCCCGGCUGCCAGAAGGCCUUCAGUAACUCCAGUGACCGGGCCAAGCACCAGCGCACUCACCUGGACACGAAGCCCUACGCCUGCCAGAUCCCCGGCUGCGCCAAGCGCUACACGGACCCGAGCUCCCUCCGCAAACACGUGAAGGCCCACUCGGCCAAGGAGCAGCAGGUUCGGAAGAAGCUGCACGUGUGUGCCGAGGUCCAGCAGGACGUCCUGAACGAGUGCCUGGCGCUCCCGCAGCUCCACACGUCCUCCCAGCACAGCCUGGAUGCCAAGUGUGCGCGGCCGGCGGGCCCCGAGCUGCUCCCAG